CGCGUGGCGGGAGGUGGGUCGGGCGCUAUAAAGCCUGUGCCUGCCGGGGCUGGAGAGGACUCCCGCCCAAGCCUGAUCGGUUGGCGACACCAUGAAUACCCGGUUCCUCUUGCCUCUGUGUUUUGUGCUGCUGCUGCUGCUGGGAUGUGAGGUCCAGGGUGUCCAGCUGACCCAGGAAGACGAGCCUGCCAGCUUAGCCCUGCUGGCCCAGGUGCAGGAGACCCUCUCCAGCUACUGGGACACUGCCAAGGCGGCUGCCCAGGGCCUCUACGAGAAGACAUACCUGCCCGCCAUGGAUGAGAAGAUCAGGGACAUGUACAACAAAGGCUCGGCAGCCCUCACCACUUACACAGGCAUCUUUACUGACCAAAUCAUGACAAUACUUCAGGGAGAAGAUUGACAGCCAGGAGAGGGGGGAGCCCAAGCCCCAGCACCCCCCAGGAUCCCCUGAUUGUCCAAGGUGGGACUAAGCUCCUCUACCCCAGCACUUCUCAGCUUCCUGCCUCCAACUCUGGUCUGAAUCUUAUCAAUAAAUAAUGAAUAAACAAAUAAAAACAUCA